UUCUUCUUUCCUUGUAAAUAAAGAUAUGGAUCUGUUACUAAAACAAAGUCGCUUUAUUCAGAUCUGAAGAAGAAGAAGAAGAAGAAACAUAGUUGAAGUCUCUGUUAAUAUGUCUUCAACAACAACAGAUUCUACAGAAUUGCAAAAUCUGAUCAAACUGUUUCAAAAUUGCCAAACUCAUCCUCGUCAACAUUUUCCUGCAAAAUCUUCAGCUGUAUUAGUUUGUCUAUACCAAGAACAAAGAGAAGACAAAAACGAGCUACGCGUAAUCUUAACCAAACGAUCUACUACUCUCUCUUCUCAUCCUGGGGAAGUAGCAUUGCCUGGAGGAAAAAGAGACCAAGAAGAUAAAGAUGAUAUAGCUACUGCGUUGAGAGAAGCUCGUGAAGAAAUCGGUUUAGAUCCUUCUCUUGUUACAAUCAUUUCUGUUCUUGAACCAUUUGUUAACAAGAAGGGAAUGUCGGUAGCACCAGUUAUCGGUUUUCUACACGAUAAGAAAGCGUUUAAACAGUUACCAAAUCCAGCUGAAGUGGAAGAGAUCUUUGAUGUGCCAUUAGAGAUGUUCCUCAAGAAACAGGCGAGCAGAGGAACGAGAGCAUGAAGGAGAGAGAUAUCUUCUUCAAUACUUUGAUUACUAUUCCGAAGAUAAAGAGAGAAGCUUUAUCAUAUGGGCACUCACUGCUGGUAUUCUGAUCAGAGUUGCCUCCAUUGUUUAUCAGAGAUUACCGGAGUUUCAAGAACGUAAACCGAGUUUCUGGAAUCAGCCUAACUGAUUCUUGACUUGAUCUGAUUGAGAAAAUUGAAACUUUUAUGUAUAAUAAGCGAUACAGAUUGAAUCUUCUUUAAAUGUGUUUCAAGAAUCUAUCUUUACUCUAA